GACCCACGCAAGAACGAUUAAUGUGGCCACGACUCUUGUAUUGCCAGAGCACUUGGAAGUUGCAAAAAUCUUUUCAUCAAUGCAAAACUUACUUUACAGCUUCUACAGCUUUGGAUCGUAUACAUACGAUGGCACCAGCGUAUUUCUCGAGAGGCGAUAAGACGCUCAAGGUCCCGAUGUCAUUGUUCGAGGAUAACCGAAGGCGCUUGAUCGAUCGACUGCGGACCAAUUCGAAAGUUAAGCAGCCAAAGGGUUGCUACGUUCUACUGCAGGGUGGCGUCGACGUACCCUUCAACGACACCGAUGUCAAUUGGCCGUUCAGGCAGGAGUCCUUCUUUCAGUGGUGCUUCGGCGUAGAGGAACCGGAUUGCUACGGAGCCUUAGACCUUGAGACUGGUCGCUCGAUCCUCUUCUUCCCGCGCUUACCCGAGGAGUACGAGACAUGGAUGGGCAAGAUCAGUACCCUAGACGAGCUUCGCGAACGAUACGCCGUCGACGAGGUUGAAUAUGUCGACAGUCUGGCCAUUUACUUGAACGAGAAGGGCGUCAAACUACUGCUGACUUUGUUUGGUGUAAAUAGCGACAGCGGAUUGACGAGCAAUGAAGCAACGUUUAACGGCAUCGAUAAGUUUACAGUUAAUAACGAAAUACUGUAUCCAGAGAUAUGUGAAUGUCGUGUGAUAAAGUCUCCAAAGGAAUUGGAAGUUUUACGGUACGUCGUACGCGUAAGUUCUGAAGCUCAUAAGGUUGUUAUGAAAUUAAUGCGUCCAGGAUUAACAGAGUUUCAAGCUGAAUCAGCUUUUCAACAUUACAUUUACUCCGAAGGAGGAUGCAGACAUAUUUCAUACACUUGUAUAUGCAGUUCCGGAGGCAAUAGUGCAAUAUUACAUUAUGGACAUGCUGCUGCACCCAAUAAUAAAUUGAUUAAAAAUGGUGAUAUGUGUCUUUUUGAUAUGGGUGGAAAUUAUUGUGGAUACGCAGCGGAUAUAACCUGCAGCUUUCCAGCCAAUGGUAAAUUCACCGUAGAUCAAAAGUUCAUUUACAAUGCUGUGCUGGAUGCGAGAAAUGCCGUAUUGAAAGCGGCUAAGCCUGGAGUUCUGUGGACAGACAUGCAUUUGCUGGCUAAUCGAGUGAUGUUAGAAGCUCUGAAGGAAGGUGGCCUGCUACAGGGAGACGUAAACGACAUGAUGAAAGCUGGUUUGAGCGCUGUCUUCCAACCUCACGGCUUAGGACAUUUACUUGGUCUCGACGUGCACGACGUCGGUGGUUACUUACCCAAUUAUCCAGCACGUUCAACGGAACCUGGCCUGAAUAAAUUGAGAACCGCUCGCCCAUUGCUUGCAGGCAUGGUCCUUACUGUCGAGCCUGGAUGCUACUUUAUAGACAGGCUGCUACAUAAAGCUAAAGAGGACAAAGAGCAAUCAAAGUUCAUUGUAUGGGAGAAAUUGUCGAAUUUUCGUGGUUGGGGAGGUGUGCGUAUUGAAGAUGACGUGCUGAUCACGGAAACAGGUACCGAGAACCUCACGGACGUGCCGCGCACUGUCGAGGAGAUUGAAGAGUUUAUGAAGCAUAGCCAAGAUUAAAGAUGUAAGAAAAUUUGGAAUGCGCAGAACUAAUCGAAUAUUUGAAGACAUAUGUGAUCCUACAGGUUUAAGGCAAAAUAUAUUUUGAUAUAAUGAAC